AUGCUGCUUUCUGUGACAUCAAGGUUGUCCAAACCAUCCAUAUAUAAGACAACACCCGUGGUUUUCAGAUCAAUGGCAACCGCCAAGAAAUCUGCCAAGAAGGAUACAAAUGAUGAUAAUGUAGAAAUCAAUCUCCCUGAGCAUUCGUUCGAAGGUUACAUGCUAGAUACUCCUUCCUUGACUUUCCAAACCAAUAAAGCUGCACUUUUACAGAUGUAUAAAGAUAUGAUCAUCAUUAGAAGAAUGGAGAUGGCUUGUGAUGCCUUAUAUAAAGCUAAAAAGAUUAGAGGGUUCUGUCAUCUAUCAACAGGCCAAGAAGCCAUUGCGGUGGGUGUAGAAAAUGCAAUUACAAAGAAGGAUUCCGUAAUUACUUCCUACAGAUGCCAUGGCUUCACCUUCAUGAGAGGUGGCUCGGUCAAAGCCGUUCUUGCAGAAUUGAUGGGUAGAAGAGCAGGUGUCUCCUAUGGCAAAGGUGGUUCGAUGCAUCUUUAUGCAGACUCCUUCUAUGGUGGUAAUGGUAUCGUCGGUGCUCAGGUUCCUUUAGGUAAUGGUUUGGCUUUUGCUCACCAAUAUAAAAAUGAAGAUGCUUGUUCUUUCACAUUAUAUGGUGACGGUGCUGCUAAUCAAGGUCAAGUUUUUGAGUCAUUCAAUAUGGCUAAAUUGUGGAAUCUACCAGUAGUUUUCUGUUGUGAGAACAAUAAAUACGGUAUGGGUACCUCUGCAUCGAGAUCUUCUGCCAUGACAGAUUAUUACAAACGUGGUCAGUAUAUUCCAGGGUUGAAAGUUAACGGCAUGGACGUAUUAUCUGUUUACCAGGCUUCAAGGUUCGCCAAGGACUGGUGCCUUUCCGGUAAGGGUCCAUUAGUUCUUGAAUAUGAAACGUAUAGAUAUGGUGGUCACUCGAUGUCCGACCCAGGCACUACAUACAGAACAAGAGACGAGAUUCAACAAAUGAGAUCAAAACAUGAUCCAAUUGCAGGUUUAAAAAUGAAAUUAGAAGAAUUGAAUAUUGCCACUGAAGAUGAAAUUAAAUCCUACGAUAAAGCUGCAAGAAAAUAUGUUGAUGAACAGGUGGAAGCUGCAGAUGCAGCAGCACCACCAGAAGCCAAAUUAUCUAUAUUAUUCGAGGAUGUCUACGUCAAGGGAACAGAAACUCCAACCUUAAGAGGUAGAGUCAAUGAAGAUACUUGGGAUUUCCAAAAAAAUGAUUUUGCUGCCACAAACUGA